AAUUUCAGUUCAAACUGCCCAAGGCAAGCCAUCACGCGGCUCACGCACGCCACGCAUCCCCCACCAGGCCACCAUGCGCCUGCGAGCCACGCCAAGCCGAUCUCUCAAGCGAAACGGCCCUCCAGAUUACAUUCGACGGCAGAGGCAGACGCACGGGAGCAGACAGAGAAAAUUUUGAAACGCGGGCAGGCCGCCACCACCGCGCCAAAUCAAGCCCUCCAGUCACAUUCCAUUCGACGGCCGGAGCGGCGCCUCCUACCUCCGACCUCCUUCUACAAGUCAGAUCCGUCCACAUAUACAACACUCUCAGGAAUUCCCUCCUCUACCACCGCACCGUCCACGCGAACUCAAAUCCUGCAAACUCCUCGCGACCACCUCACGCGGAUCGGCGACGGCGAUGGUGGCGGCCUCCUCUACCGUCGUCGAGGUAGCGGUGGCAGCAGCUGCGGCGGCGGCGUCAGCUUUGCCGCAGGAGCAGCAGGCGCAGCCGCGGCCGCGGCCGAUGCACGCGGGUGGCGCCAAUGGCCGCCACCACGCGUACAGCCGCAAGGACAAGUCGCUCGGCCUCCUCUGCUCCAAUUUCGUGGUUCUCUACAACCGCGAGGACGUGGAGUCCGUCGGCCUGGACGAAGCGGCCAAACGGCUCGGCGUGGAGAGGCGCCGGAUCUACGACAUUGUCAAUGUGCUUGAGAGUGUCGGGAUUCUUUCGAGGAAAGCCAAGAAUCGCUACACAUGGAUAGGUUUCGGCGGAAUCCCAAUGGCGUUGCUAGAACUCAAGGAAAGGGCGUUAAGGGACAAGUCUGGUUUGGCUUCUCAGCAAACCGAGCAGCAAUCUGCUGCCACAAUUUCUGAUGACGAGGAUGAUGAUACAUUGGGCAAAGAAGUUGCUAAUAUCGAGAAUGAGAAACUGAGUCAGACUGUUAACAAUCCUUCUGACAAACCUGGUGCACCCCGUUGUCGCCUUAGAUCUGAUCAUAGGAAAGAAAAGUCACUUGGGUUGCUCACACAGAAUUUCGUGAAGCUCUUUCUCACCAUGGAGGUUGACACGAUCUCACUUGAUGAAGCUGCAAAGCUGCUCCUUGGGGAAGGCCACGAGGAGACCAAUAUGAGAACUAAAGUUCGGAGGUUAUAUGACAUUGCCAAUGUCCUGUCUUCACUGAAUCUAAUUGAGAAGAUACAGCAAGGGGACUCAAGAAAGCCUGCGUUUCGUUGGUUGGGUAGGGCCACAACGCCGGACACAGAAAAUGGUGUCACAGUUGUUGUACCCCCACCAGGGAAGACUAAAUCGAACAAAAGAGCAUUUGGAACUGAACUCACUAACAUCGACAUGCAUAGAAGUAAUCUAGAUUCAAAAGUUCAGAAGAAAGCAAAACUGGCAAAGAGUGGUGGCGAUGUCUUGAUAAAUUGCAAAUUGGAUAGUGGUGGCGAUGUCUUGAUAAAUUGCAAAUUGGAUGUACGGAAUCGGCUUGGACAGGGUAAACAAAGUGGCAUUGUUUAUGGUCCUUUCCACCCUGCUGGCGCAAGGAAACAUGAACUUGCUGGUGGCAAUAACCCCGGGCAAAGGGAGAUGGCCGAGGACUGGAAGAGCCUUUCUGCUCCAUUUCGACCACAGUACAAGAACCAAGCACUCAGUGAUCUUUUUGCCCAUUAUGUUGAUGCGUGGAAGACAUGGUAUUCUGAAUUUGCUCAAGGCAGCAACAUCAUGCAACAACACUUUGGCCAUUUUGGUAACCAUUUUUUGUAGGCAAAUUAUAGGGUCAAGCAUUGCAGUUCUUAGUGCACGCUUGUGUAUUUUACCUGUACAACCUGUUAAAAGGGGAGAGAACAAGACAUGAUUAGGCCUAGGGUUCAUUGUAUUUACUCAAUGCAGGACAUCUUUAGGCUAUUUUAGGUGGAAAACUAGAGUGGAACUAUUAGAGAGAGAUGUUCCCCAAUCUCUCUAAUAGAAACAUCAUUAUCAUCUCACCUUUAAGUUCUCUAUUGUUAAUUGUUGUUUAUGUGCUUACCUUUGUGGGUUCUACAACUGUCUGUCACUAGCCAUUCUUAUGAAACUUCUCAUAACUAAGUAUAUCUUGCACUUGUCUAUCGCAACCAAAAAUAAAAUAAAAUUCUGUUCAAAUUAUAUUUCAGAUACAAUCACAAUGUCAUCAAUUCUUUCCUUUCCGCUGUGAUCAUAAUUCUUGCUACAAUUCAGAUGCUACAAAAUAGGGAAAGCCUCGAGGCCUGGCCUGUAGAUGUCUGUACUCAGAUUAUGCAAAGCCAGCUGAUCCCAUCGUCUUGCUUUAAUUUAACCGUAAAGACAAUUAUGGUCGCGUAACGACACCAGGACUCCAGGAGUACAUAGGAGUGGUGGUCUCAGCAUGGUCUACAGUACAAGCAAGAGUUUCAGGCUGCAAAAUUGUGAUCCCAAUAUUUUGGUUGUAUGGGUUGUUGUCAGUGUUUGGGGAAUACCAUAUCUCCAAAGGACAUCAAGACGUAUUCAAAUAUCCCUGUAACUGUCAUGCGCUAGAUGCCUUGACCCACCGAGCGCUAUGCAAAGCUUGAGAAGGAUGGUUCGUCGAAACAUGUCCCAAGUGAUUGACUCCUCGCCAUUGCUUGGGUUGUUCUGAAUAAAUAUGUUUAGUUGGCUACUUGCCUUUUGGUUUGUCUAGCUAACACAAUUUAAAUCAAAUAUUUCCCCAACGUCAUCGACAGGAACACUGUAUCUACUGACCAUUCGUGAUUUUUUUUCUUGGACUAUGGAGAGCAUCUGAGCUACAAAGCUGUUCUCUUGGCUACAACUUGAUAUAUCAAAUUGA